GCUCACCAUCAACACGGCCAUCGUGUACAUGCACCGCUUCUACAUGGUGCAGUCCUUCACCCAGUUCCACAGGAACUCGGUGGCGCCGGCGGCUCUGUCCUUGCAGCCAAGGUGGAGGAGCAGCCCCAUAAGCUGGAGCACCGUCAUCAAGGUAGCUCACGCCUGCCUGCAUCCUCAGGAGCCUCCUCCGGACACCAGGAGCGAGGCUUACCUGCAACAAGCCCAAGACCUGGUCAUUCUAGAGAGCAUAAUACUGCAGACCCUGGGCUUUGAGAUCACGAUCGACCACCCCCAUACCCACGUGGUGAAGUGCACUCAGCUCGUGCGAGCCAGCAAGGACUUGGCGCAAACUUCCUAUUUCAUGGCUACCAACAGCCUGCACCUGACCACCUUCAGCCUGCAGUACACCCCUCCCGUUGUGGCCUGCGUCUGUAUCCACCUGGCUUGUAAAUGGUCCAACUGGGAGAUCCCAGUCUCCACGGACGGGAAGCACUGGUGGGAAUACGUUGAUGGCACUGUAACUCUGGAGCUCUUAGAUGAACUGACUCAUGAAUUCCUGCAGAUCCUCGAGAAAACUCCCAACCGGCUCAAACGCAUCCGGAACUGGCGGGCCUCUCAGGCAGCCCGGAAGUCGAAGGCCGACGACCACAGCGAAGACAAGAGCCUGUCGGAGCAGACCAUCCUCAACAUGAUUUCAAGGAACAACAGCUCGGACAUGAAUAUCGCCGGCCUGAUGAGCAUGUCGACAUCCUCGACGGCCGGCGCGGGGCCGUCCCUGCCGGCCUCGACCGAUUCCCCCCGCGAGCAGAGCGGCGCGGAGGCGUCGCAGCCGGAGCACUGGCUGCCCCAGCAUCCUCCCCCCAAGCUGGAAGCUGGCCAGGGCCACAGGACUAGCGAAAGCUCGUCGGCCGCCGAGCACCCUCCGCAGCAAGAUGGCGCUGCUUAUCAGAAGCAGGGCGGCAAGAACGCCCCGUCGGCCAAGGUGUCGCUCAAGGAGUACCGCGCCAAGCACGCCGAGGAGCUGGCGGCGCAGAAGCGGCAGCUGGAGAACAUGGAGGCCAACGUGAGGUCUCAGUACGCCUACGCCGUGCAGAAUCUCCUGGUCCAGCAGCAGCGGGAGAGGGAAGUCCAGCAGGACAGCAACCCCUCGCCCAUCAUCCUGAAAAUCCCCAUCGGCUCGGAGAACCCCGAGCGCCCUCCCGGCCCCGAAAAGAGUGACAAAGCCUCGGCUCUGAAGCUGAGGCUCCCGGUGGCGGGCGGAGGCGGCGAGAGGCCGCUCCCCUCCAAGCAGGAGGAGAUCAAAAUGCGCAUCAAGGUGCCGAGCGCCGCGGACAGGCCCGGCUCCCUGGACGAGAGCGGCGCCAAGAGCCGGGAGCACAAGGAGAAGCACAAGGGCCACUCCUCCAACCACCACCACCACCACCACAACCAUCACUCUCACAAACACUUGCACCCCCAGCUCGCCGCUGGCCCCAGCGGCGUGGUCGGCAAGCGGCCGGGAGACUCUAAACACGUCGGCCCGCCCAGCGCCGUGCCCCACAAAAGCUACGGCCUCUUCGGCUCUUCCUCCCGCAAGAGGCCCCCGCCGGAGGAGGCGGCGGCGGCGGGCGCGGCGCACGAGCACCAGCCCAAAGUCAGCAAAAGCUCCAAGGGCUCCGGGGCGCAGUUCCCUUAUCCUCACCUCCCGGGCCACGGCUCGGAGGCCGGCGGCCUCCCUUUGCCCCCGGCUACCAAAACCCGGGGUCCCCACGGCAAAUCGGACAAGGGGCCCGCGGGGGCCAACGGGCACAACGCCAGCCAGGCCAGUGACUACCAGGAUACGGUCAACAUGCUGCACUCGCUGCUGAGCGCCCAGGGCAUGCAGCCCACCCAGCCCCCCGCCUUCGACUUCCACGCCUACGGCGAGCUCUUGAACCCCCCCAGGGCAGCCGCCGGCCCCAGAGCCGCCAACACGGACAGACCCCGGCCCCCGCCGCUGCCCUCAGAACCGCCCCCCCCGCUGCCUCCCCUCCCCAAAUAAUUCCUUUUUACUACUGAGUUGGGACAAACCGGCCUGCCCGCCCCGGCCCCCCCCCCCGAGCCGUCCCUGCGGUGGAGGGAGAGGGCUGUUUGCGUUCUCCGCUGCCUCCCCGAGAACUGUUUUAUUAGAACUUUUCCUAUUUACCGCGAGGAGUCGUCGAAGCUGUGAAAGGACAAAACCCCUUUCUCUUCCUCGCUCCCUCCCUCGCCGACUUCCAGGUUAGCAGCGGGGUCCGGCCCUGCUGGAACUGAAGCCCCCCCCCCCCCCCCGGGGAGCACGUAUUGCGUGGGGGGGCCCUGGGGGGGGCGUUAUUUAAAACACGUCGCAGAAAAACCCCGAGAUGUUUUACAAAUAAUUUAAGCAGUAACUUAUAUCUUUAGCGUUCCUGUUCCUUUUUAAGUUUCGUGAUGCUGGCAGGUGCCGCGGGGGACCCCGGCGGGGUUUGGGGCCGCUCGCCCGGCUUUGCGCGGCUCCGCUCGAGCUGAUGGCGACAGAAAGUGGGUCGAGGAGCUUUUUGGGGUCAGAACGGAGGAAAAGGGUGCGUGGGGAGGGUGAGGGGCCACCGGGCUGGGCAGGUGGCGCGCGCCGAAGGCUCUUGGGGUGCUCCCGGUGGCGGUGGAGAGGGGCUGGCGUGCGAAGGGCCGGCGUGGAGCGAGGGUGCUGGGCCGGGUGCUGAGCCCUGGUGUCUGCAGAAGGUGAUGCAAAGCCCGGAGCCCGCUCCGGGUGCGGGAGCGAGGCGCUGGUGCUGUGACCGCAGCCGGGACGCGGGCAGGGCUGGAGGGGGGCGCGGGGCAGCUCCGGGGUGGGGAACCCUGCCUGCGCCGGAGCUCCUCCCGCCCCCCUAAACCCCUAAAUCUUUGGCCGAGGGCGCCCGCCUCUUGGGUCUGACGUUUCGGAAAAGCCGAACUUGUUUUGUUCUUCAGCCUCUCACUUUUCCGGACUUCAAUAAACGUUACCGUCUCCACCUGCGUGCUGCGAGGCUCUGUUCCUACGCCGAGCUCCGCGCCUUCCUCCGCUUUCUGCCAACCCCC